AUGUCUAGAUACGCCGCCUCCCACGUUAGCACCCAGGGUCCUGGAGAUGCGCGGCCUACAGCUCUUCAGGUCGUUGAGGAUGAAGACCUAUUCAACAAGCUCGCCGGCAAGGUCGUCCUUGUGACGGGCGCAAACUCUGGUAUUGGUGUCGAGACAGCGCGAGCCAUCCACGCCACUGGUGCCACUCUCUACAUCACUGCCAGAGACUCGGCCAAAGCCAAGCAGGCUAUCGAAAGCAUCAAGAACGGACCCGGCCCCAAGUCCGAUGCGCCCAUUCACGCCAUAGAGUUGCGUCUGGAUUCCCUUGCCUCAGUACGAGCAGCGGCCAAGGCCUUCCAUGAUAAGGGCGACAAGCUCAAUCUACUCAUCCUCAACGCUGGCGUCAUGGCCACACCCGAGUGGAAGACGGAGGACGGUUUCGAGGCCCAGUUCGGCACCAAUCACUUGGGCCACUUCCUCCUCUUUCAACUGUUGAAACCCGAUUUGCUCGCAGCUUCCACGCCUGGUUUCCAAUCGCGCGUAAUUUCUGUGGCCUCCUCGGCCCAUCGCUACAGCAAGGUCCGUCUUGACGACCUCAACUUUGAGAAGGAUCCUUACGAAGCCUGGACUGCGUAUGGACAAUCUAAGACGGCCAAUAUCCACUUUGCCAACGAGAUCGAAAGACGAUACGGAUCCAAGGGAUUGCACGGCCUCUCUCUGCACCCCGGUAUCAUCCAGACCAACCUCUCUCAAUAUCUCAGCAAGGAGGUACUGGCGUCGUUUGCGACGAAUGAUGCGCUGAUCAAGGGCAUGAAGAGCGUAGGCCAGGGGGCGGCCACGACCAUUUACGCUGCGCUGAGUAACGAAUGGGAAGGCCGAGGCGGCAGGUAUCUUAGCAACCUUGCCGAGGAGGGUCCAGCGGAAAUCAGUGAGAAUUGGUUACAAAGCGAGGUUGGCUACGCCCCCUGGGCUUACGAUGAGGAGGCUGCAAGGCAGCUUUGGGAAAAGUCGAACAAGCUUGUGGGCAUUGACGACGAGUAA